CAGAGUUAGCGGGCAAUGGCUAAACCAACAACAGAGAAGUGUUCUACCCAGGGAGGCAAUAAUAUAAUCAGAUAUGCUGCCUCCUCCAUGCAAGGAUGGCCUGAUGCCAUGGAGGACUUUCACACAAGUAUCCUAGAUCUGAAUCGAUCUAAUACAUCCUUCUUUGGUGUUUAUGAUGGCCAUGGAGGAGCAGACGUUGCAAGGUAUUGCUGGACUCAAUUUCAUGACGACCUUGCCAAGGAUGGGGACUAUGCCAACAAUCCGCAGAAUGCAAUGAUUAAUGUGUACUCUAGUAUCGAUGCGAAGUUGAAACAGUCAGAUGACUGGAGGAUAAUAGCUUAUCCUCCUGGGAUUAGCAAUCUGAUAAGGCGUCUCAUCAUUGGUGGUUGUACUAUUAAACGGUGGCUGUGGAAGGAACCUUAUCUUGGGCCCCUACAGGAAGGAUGCACAGCAUGCACUGUUCUAAUUAAAGGCAAUCGGAUCAUUGUUGGUAACAUUGGUGAUUCCCGCUGUGUACUCUCAUUGCAUCCUGAAGCCCAAGAGAAUUUGAAGGUUCUUGAUCUAUCCAAACCCCAUGAACCAGCGGCCGAACUUGAAAAGGAGAGAAUCUUAAAGGCAGGAGGACAAGUAUGGGAUGAGGCUGUUGGGUCAAAGUUGGGCAUUCAAUGCGUCGAGGGAACAUUACCCACUUCCAGAUCUUUUGGUGAUUUUCUAUUCAAGCAGAAUAAAUAUUUGUCUUGUGGAGAACAAAUGGUGAUAUCUAUUCCUGCCAUAUUCGAUGAGAACAUCACUAAUAGCAUGGAAUUUAUUGUUCUAGCAAGUUCUGGCAUCUGGUCUGUCAAGAGCAGUACGCAGGUGAUUGAAGCUGUACGUGAAGGCUGGCAAUCCGGCAAAGAACUUAAAUCCAUUUGCGAGGAGCUUCUGGAUUCAUGCCUUGCGCAGGGAUCAAAACUUAACUUGUCAGUGAUAGUGGUUGUGUUCAAUCCUUACCAGCCUCCUCCUCUGGUGCAAGAUUCUACCCAUGGAGGCAAUGGCAUAGUGGUUGAGUCAAAUCCAAACCCGCCUGCUCCUAUGGUGCCAAACCCUGACAUACAGGAGGUCAAUGACCAAACAUCUGAUGGCAGGCAAUCUGUUGAAACUGCUGUAGUCACUGACAACACUGACAAAGCGCUGGGGCAGGAAAAGAAGAAGGGUUUACGAUGCUUUUCUGUCGACAGCAGGAGAUCUGGCACAGGCAAAUCUCCCAGAAGACAUGUCAAGCCGCUCAGCCGUGUGUUGGGUCUGUUGAAGAACGGGAACUGUGCCAGCACGAGUGCGACUCAGACCACUCAGUCAACGGAUGCAAGCGACCUAGUUUAGAGAGAGUGUUGACAGAGUUCGUGGCAAUCGGCCAGCGUGUCGUGUGGAAAAAACAUCCCUUAUGAACCGACUUAUCACGGGAAGAACCAGUCGCUCCCAACCCAUUCAGAUAAAAAUGCCUCGCGCCUACCGACCAUGCGCGCUCUGACAAUCCAAUUGGCAUUCCUAGUUGAUUUGUUGUACUAUGCUUUUCCGAAGUCAAGCUUAAGGACCAUUCCAACUUUUUCUUAACUUGGGUAUGGUAAAAGGAUCUCUGAAGUGUUAGAAUCCCGUCCAUAAUGUUCCUGUCUUAAUAAAGGCAUUUUGUUGACGGCUGAUUAA